UGGUCUUCGACGUGUUUUCUAUACAGAAAUGGCAAACUCGUGGUUUCUAAAGGAUAUUUUAUACUCAAUAGAGGAGCUUGACUUUGGUUCCCCGUCAAGUGUAACUCCUCGAAUUGAAAGCCAACAUAACGUUGCUGCGGAACUAUGGAGAAAACAUCUUUGUUCCGACAAACAGAGUCCAGAAAGUACUGACGGUGUCAUAUCACCAUCGUCUAUCACCCACGUGGACGUAUCUACUCCAGUACCGUCGGCAUGGCGGAAACCACCAAAAUGUGAAGACAAACUCCUUGGCCAUACAAUCCGUGGGUACAGAUUCCAGCGUGUCAUUGAAUCAGGAGGAACCGCCAUCGUGUACAAAGUCAUCAAAGAUGGGCGAACAUACGCUGCGAAAGUGUCCCGCCGAAAUUCAUUCGAUCCAGAGACAAUAAUCAAGGCAUGGGCCACAGAAUUCAGCAUCAUGAGUCAGCUGAAACACAAAAAUAUAAUCCAAGCCUAUGACCUGUUCACCCACCGCGGACUCCAGGUGAUGAUAAUGGAGUAUUUCGAUGGCUGCGAUCUGGCGGACUUCAUUGACUGGAACAACAUCUCGCAGAGACAACGCGCUUUGAAAAAGAUCUCAAGACAAGUUCUUAAAGCCAUCAAAUACGUUCACAAGGAGAACAUUGUUCAUCGAGAUCUUAAACCAGCAAAUAUACUAAUCGGGAAAGAUUUAAAGGUGAAAAUAAUUGACUUUGGGGGUGCGAUAAAGUUGAGGCCGGAAGAUACAGUGCAGGACAGAAAGCCAACCAUCAGCACUCCGCAGUACACACCACCGGAGGUACACGCUGGAGAACGCCGGUCAGCAAGUGACAUUUGUAUGAAGGCUUUUGAUAUGUGGGGUAUUGGCGUAACCUUGUAUGAAAGUUCGACAAGAAAGAUGCCGUACUUGAACAACCCCACAUUUGGGAAAGACAGUUCCUUCACUCUGUCCGAUUUCAGUGUUUUGGAAAGACGUGACAGAAGGUUACAUUGUUUGGUCAAAAAAUGUUUGGACAUGAAUCCGGAAUCGAGAAUCACGGCUAAAACUGCACUUAAACAAAAAUAUUUCAGGCGAUUCUUUUUCUAGAUUUCCAUUCAAAGCCCCCAGACCGAGAUUUCUGCGCCUUAAUGUGCCUUCCGAAUGUCUUCAUUAAUAACACAUAUAAAGGGUGAUGUCAGGUCGAAUUUCUAUUGCAAAAAGGUCCCAUGCACCUCAUGCUUGUUGAGGGGCGGUGGGGUAGCCUAAUGGUUAAAGCGUUGGCUCGUCACGCCGAAG